AUGGCGGACGAGGAGGAUUAUUCGAACUUGCCAAUUGGAGAAAAAAUUGUCCACAAAGUAUGGAAAGUCAGACAGGACGGAUACACUACACUUAAUGAGGAGUUUGCCAAAUCCAGAAGCCCUGAAGACCAGUGCUUCUCCAUAUUCAAUCAAAGACCAGAGAUCGUAAAACAGAUCGUGACUGAUUCCAAUGUUGUUGCCCAGGAAACUGGAAUUCAGGCCGUCUGUUUCUUCUUUGAGUAUGGUGGUACUUCAGCCAACGCGUCCAAGUUACUAAAUGCUGGGCUCGUGACGAGCCUAUGUGAGAAAGGCCUCUCUUCCUCGAGAGCAGGCACCAAGAGCAAGACGGUGGAGGCACUUCUAAGAAUGGUGGAACAUCUAAACUGCGGUGAUCAAGUCAUAGAGCAGAUUAUCCCUUUCUUUGACCAUAGGCUCCCGAAACUUGUGGCUGCAAGCGUCAAUGCAGUGUACACCAUAAUCGAGCAGUUUGGCUGUCAGGUGGCCUCGCCAAAGCCUGUGAUCCCGAAGUUGGCCAAGUUGUUCUCUCAUGCUGAUAAGAAUGUGAGAGCUCAGACGACGACUUUAACGGUGGAGCUUUACAAGUGGAUGGGUCAAGGCUUGACACUGGUCUUGAUGGAUAAUUUGCGUCCAGUGCAGCAGAAAGAUCUUCAAGCGGACUUUGAUAAAGUCAGUGGCGAAAAACCAGAGCAGAAAAGAUACACAAAGCAGCAACAGGAAAAGUUAGCCGAGCAGCAAAGAGCGAAUGAAAAAGAGGACGUGGAUAUGGAUGUGGAUAACUCUGAAGUUAAAGGAGCGGAUCCUGCGUCACAGGAGUUCGAUCCUCACGAAAUGCUAGAGCCAGUAGAUGUGUUGCUGAAGCUACCGUCUGAUUUGAGCAGUCGUAUGGCAUCUGCAAAAUGGAAAGAUCGUAAAGAGGCGCUUGAUGAGGUUUACGCGGUACUUUCCAAAGCUCCAAAACUUGUAAACGCUGACUACACCGACUUGGUUCGGCUCUUUGCCAAAUGCAUGAAAGAUGCCAAUAUUCAGGUUGUUCAGUUGGCAGCGAAUGGGGUGGAGUUCUUGUCUAAAGGGCUAAAACAGGGCUUUCACAAAUACCAACACAUAGUAUUGGGACCAAUGAUAGACAGAAACAAAGAAAAAAAGCCCUCAGUUGCUGAUGCCUUGGCUAAUGCACUUGAUGCCAUCUUCGAUUCCUCCAGUUUGGGGGACGUUCUUGACGAGACUAUCAUCGGUAUGAGACACAAGACUCCGCAGGUCAAAAUAUCUGCCACAGAGUUUCUUCGUCGAUGCUUAUCGAAAACAACUACUGCGCCUAGAAGGCCACAAAUCGACAUAAUAAUGGAAGUCGGAGUCAAGCUUCUAAGCGAGUCACAAGAGCCAAUUAGACAAGCAGGCACGGAUAUGAUAGGUACAUUGAUGAAAAUCACUGGUGAAAGGGAACUUGUGGGGUUCCUUGAGAAGGUUGACGAGAACAGGAUGGCCAUGGUAAGAGCUGCUUACGAGAGAGCCGAAGUGAAAUGUAAAACAAGUGUCGGCACGCUGCCUCAACGAUCAGUGUCGGCCAGGACUGCUGCUACAACUACGAAGAAGCUCGCUUCAGUGCCUCUGCUUCGCAAAACAGAACCCGUGUCUUCGCAAGCUAUACCGUCAAAGCGGGGCGCAACAUCACCAGCUAAGAAAGCGGAAGCCACCAAGCUUCCUUCUUCGGUCAGGAGUCUCACAGGACGCCUGUUAGUAUCCCCAUCAACUAGAAUAAACAGCUCUGCAUCCAAACCUGAAUCAUUCAGCAAAGGACCAUUGAUGGGUGCCGAGGAACUACAGGAACUAGAAACUCUUCGCAAAGAAAAGCUGGAGCUUCUAUCGCAGACAAAUAAAUUGGCUGAGCUUCAACUCAACUGGGAGAAAGAAAGGGAGCAGUACCAUGAACAAAUAAGACAUUUACAAUCACAAGUGGAUAAUCUUCAAGAUGAAAACGCUAACAAGAGACAAGUGUUGGUAGACAAAGACGCAGAAAUACUUCAUUGGAAGAAUGAGGCAGGCAAUGCAAAAUUAAAAAUUCUCAGCAUGGAGCAGGUAAUUACAAUGUUGAAGCUCAACCAAAACGGUGCAUCCACUGAUUUGAUAGAGGAAAGAAGAUCCGAUUCACCGCAACCGUUGUUCUCUCCCACAAGAACAGUCGAAGUGCAGGCUGAACUGUCAGGAAGAGGAUCUCAAAGCGAACUAAGCUCUAGGGUUAAUCGCCUUUCCAUUGAUGGCAGAGAAACACAAAGGGGUGCAUCACAAUCUCCAGGCACUCACGAAAGCAACAUCACUAGUCCCGUAAGAAGCGAAGGUUAUCGUCGUACGAGCAAUUAUAGCACGUCAAGAUCGAAGGAGAGCGAUUCAGAGGAGGAUAAUUGGAAAAAGGCUGCAGAGGUCACGGCGCAACUAAAGGCUAGAAUCGAGAAGAUGAAGCAGAGAAAUCGCAUUUCCAUGAAUCGACCCUAA